AUGGAUCCCCAUGCGGUCAACUCCGCGCCGGUCCUCGGCUUUCUGAACAAUGUCUACGAAGGCCUUGUCCGCCGUGACAAGAACAUGCAGAUCGAAGGAUCUCUCGCGGAAAGCUGGGAGCCGCUUGGCGGAGACGGCUGGCGUUUCCAUUUGCGCGAAGGUGUCAAAUUCCAUGACGGUUCGGACCUGACUGCGGAAGACGUGCUCUUUUCUUAUGAACGCGCCUCUUCGGAAGCGGCCGACACAAGUUCGUGGUUCGCACCGGUCAAGGAGGUCAAGGUCGUUGAUGACUACACGGUCGAUUUCCUCACCCAUGCACCCAACCCGAUUUUUCCCGACUCCAUCGCCAACUUCAUGAUCCUGGACAAGGGAUGGGCUGAAGCAAACAAUGCAGUGCGCCCGGCCAAGGACGAGGAGACCUACGCGACGCUGAAUACCAACGGUACCGGCCCCUUCAUGCUUGCGUCACGCGAACCGGGUGUGCAGACCGUUCUGGAACCGUUUGAAGGCUGGUGGGAUGAACCGGAGCAUAAUCUGACCAAGGCGACCUUCCUGCCGAUUGCCAAUCCGGCAACAGCAGUCGCCGGUCUGUUGAGCGGCCAGGUCGACCUGAUCAAUCCGGUGCCGGUCCAGGAUGUCGGUCGCAUUGAAAACCAGGACGGACUGACCUUGCACCAGGGCAUCGAGGCCCGGGUAAUCGUGCUCGGUUUCGGUCACAAUCACGACGCCCUCAAAUAUUCUGACGAGACCACGGACAAGAACCCCUUCCAGGACGUGAAGGUUCGCGAAGCCGUGCAGAAGGCGAUCAACGCCGAGGCCCUGGUCGACAAGAUCAUGCGCGGCAACGCCGAAGUUGCGACUCAGCUUGUCAGCCCUCAGAUGAAAGGCCACAGCGAUGCAGCGACCGACCGCAUCGGCUAUGAUCCCGACGGCGCCAGGGCACUUCUGGCGGAAGCGGGAUAUCCGGAUGGAUUUUCCUUCGGGCUGAAGUGUCCGAAUGACCGCUAUAUCAACGAUGAGGCACUUUGCAAGGCAAUGGCCGCCAUGCUGACACAAGCCGGCAUGAAGGCGGAUCUAAACGCAAUGCCGGUACGCAGCUACUGGCCCGAACUGCGUGCGGGGAACUUCGACAUGUACCUGCUUGGCUGGUCGCCUGGCACGUUCGAUGCCGAACACCCGGUCCGCUUUCUUGUUACCACCAAGAAUGACGAGAAAAAGCUCGGCAGCUGGAAUUUCGGGCAGUAUUCAAACGCCCGCGUCGAUGAACUUCUUCCUCAGAUCCAGAAGGAAAUUGACGCUGAUAAACGUCAGGCCAUGCUGGAUGAAGUGGCAAAGAUCAUCCGCGACGACGUGGUCUAUGUUCCGCUCCAUAUCCAGCCGCUUCUUUGGGGUUCGAAGUCCAAUGUCGACCUGACCCAGCGUGCCGACAAUUUUCUGAUGCUGCGUUGGAUCAACGUCAACUGA